GCAGCACUGCACCUCCAACACUGUUUCCACCUCUGAGCAAAUCUCUGCCUAUCGUCUCUACUUUGCUGCUGAACGCAGACUCGUUCUCAUCGGUACAUGCAACUGAUACAACUCUCAACGCACGACGCGACCCGGGAAACUCUGUCUGACGCGCGGCGACCGUCUCGCGUUCUUUUCUCGAGGUGCGACUCUACUUCGUCUCUCGCGCUUCGCGGCGAUCUUCGCUCUGCCGUUUCGAAAAGUUUCAGUUGUGGGGAUAAAAGGACAGCUAAACCUUCCAAGGGAUUUUUUUAAACAACGUGGAGGACCGUCGAGGAUGAGUCGCCAGUGAGAGCAACCCCUGAUUCUGCCAGAGAGACGACAACGCAAAAGUUUGCACCAUUCUGCCCAUACCGUUUACCCCGUCUCUCUUCUCUCUCACCCUCCCACACCCCUCUGCUUUCGCCCCUCACCCCCUCCGCCCAACCCCAGCCCAGUCUCCAAAAUGGACUUGCACCGGGCGGCUUUCAAAAUGGAGAGCUCCUCCUACCUGCCCAACCCGUUAGCAUCCCCAGCGCUAAUGGUACUAGCAUCAACGGCGGAGGCCAGCCGCGAUGCCUCCAUCCCUUGCCAGCAGCCUCGCCCAUUCGGCGUGCCAGUUUCUGUGGAGAAGGACGUUCACCUUCCCUUCAACAACGGUUCCUAUACGUUCGCCUCUAUGUACCACAGGCAGGGUGCUGUACCACCAGGCUUCCCAAACAGGGACUUCCCUCCUUCCCUCUUACACCUCCAUCAUCAGUUUGCCCCACCAAAUCUGGACUGCUCCCCCAUAAGCAUGCUCAACCACAGCGGUGUUGGAGCCUUCCGGCCCUUCGCUUCUCCUCCGGAGGACCGUGAUGGAGCGGGAGGUGGAUACCAGUCUGCCUUCACCCCGGCCAAGAGGCUAAAGGGCUGCCUGGAGGCUGAGGCCUCUCCGCACCUGCGCUACUCGGACGCAGAAGGGAAAGAGUAUGACUUUGGUGGUGCUCAGAUCCCCUCCAGCUCGCCUAGUGCUCUCAAAGCUGUGGAAGAUGCAGGGAAGAAGAUCUUCGCAGUGUCAGGCCUGUUGUCAGACAGAGAAACCUCAUCCAGUCCGGAGGAUCGCAUUGAGCGCUGUAAGAAGAAGGUGUCACUCUAUGACAGUCAGGCUCCCAUCUGCCCCAUCUGUCAGGUUCUGCUGCGUCCAGGAGAACUUCAGGAGCACAUGGAACAGGAGAUGGAGAGGCUCACCCACAUGCACAUCAGCAAGAACCCAUCACACAAGGACAUCAACGCAGCUCCAGGCACACCGAAGUCUCUCCUGUUGUCAGUGCACAUCAAACGUGAGGGCGAGUCUCCAGUUGUGUCCCCGCUCUCCUCUGAUGAAGCUCACCAUUCUGACAGAUACCAGACAUUUUUACGAGUGCGAGCUAACAGGCAAACACGAUUGAAUGUCGAUGACCUCUGCUGGUGCAGGCGCUACGCCAAGGAAAGUUUCAAAAGUCCCCCAAUCCCAGUGCCCAGAGGAGUGCCCCUAGCCCCUUGCUGCCUGCGGCAUGCCCGGAUUGGGAAGAUGAAGCGCCGGAAGCCUGAGGAUGGACAGGUAUGUCCACUGUGCAGCGCCCCGCUGACAGGGACAGAGGAGGAAAUGAGUAGGCAUGUGGAACAAUGUCUGUUCAAGAGGGAAGGUGCAACAGAAGAGGAUUCCGCAGAUGUCGAAGGAGAGAACGGAACGCGGUUUGAGGAGUAUGAGUGGUGCGGACAGAAGAGGGUCCGAGCUACUACAUUACUGGAAGGUGGUUUUAGAGAAAUGCCUUCCACCAGUAAUGGCGAGAGCAGCAAACAGGAGCCAAGCUCUUCAUCUUCGUCCUCCACACCGAGGACCUGUAAAAACAGCGAGAUCGAGAAGAUCACAGAGGACUCCACAGCGACCACACUGGAGGCGCUAAAGGCCCGCAUACGAGAACUGGAAAAGCAGAUCCUCAGAGGAGACCGAUACAAGUGUCUCAUAUGCAUGCGCAAGCCGACCCAAACGGGGCAUGAUGGCAAGCAUCAGGCGGUCGAGAGGCACGGGAGCGCAGAGGCCCUGCAGCUCGGCGUGUACUGUUUGUACAGAGGCUACGUAACGGGCUGCAGCACUGCCACUGCGGCCAGCAGCGGGAUUAAGAAGCUGCUGCCGCUCCGGAGGGACUCGUAUACAAUGCCACUCACCUCCAUCCAGUGUUGGCACGUGCACUGUGAAGAAUGCUGGCUAAGGACUCUGGGAAACAAGAAACUCUGCCCACAAUGCAACACCAUCACGUCGCCAGGGGACCUCAGGCGUGUGUAUUUGUGAGCUAAACAGCUCGGAUUCUUUUCUUUUGUUGUUGUUUUGUGUUACUUUCGUUUCCAUUUGCGCUAGUGUUUUUGGUUUCCCCAUCCCCUGAGGGAGUGAAGUAUCGUCCUGACCAUGAGAGGCUCGAGCACAGACUCGCACUGACUUUAAAUGGGAACUGUCUUCACAAGCAUAGGACUAAUGAGGACUGUGUAGACUCAGUUCUCUAAUAUAAUUGCUUAUGUGAAGAGUCUUCCCUCUUUUGUUGGUCCAUGGUCCAUCCUCUCCAAAGUCAAAGCUUGGUUCCUUGAUGAGGAACGUGAUCUUCUCAGAUGAAGGAAAGAGUACUCAUUCUGUCCCUCCACCCGCACUGCUGCUGCUGCUCUUCGUCUACCACUUUUGCAACUUCUUCUCCAAGACCGCUGACGCUAACCUGACUGGAACAUCAGUCUGACGAUAAGAAGAGACUUUAAACGGACCACCCGAGGCUCUCCAGAACCCUUCGAUCUCGAUUCUCCAUUGUGUUCUCGUUCACCCCAAAUCAUUACUUCUUUUGUGGUGUUCUAGUGAUGUCAACCAAAUUCAAUGAAUCAGUGCAAGCACAUGUAUAAUAGUCUCUGUAUGUUUACAGUGUUGUGAGUAAAUGACAUAGAGAACAAAACACUUGUAUACACGCGCACACACAUGGACAUACACACGCACAUACAGAAGUAUAUAUUGAAUAAGAGUCCAGUUUUAGUUGGGGGUGGCUUGGGUCGGGAGGGAGGGGAUAUGUUUCAAUCUUGGUGAAUUAAAAAAAAAAAACUAAAGAAAAAAGAAAAGAAAACCCUCUGUAUUUUUAAAGCAGAUGUUGUUGUCUUGAAGUUGAAGUUGUAUUUCAUUGUACAGGAAGAAAUUUAAGUAAUAAUAAUAAUAAACUACUCGAACUAGGACUUAAAAGAUUUAGGUGUACAUUUUUCUUUGAAAUAUACAGUAAAAACUGUAGAUUUAAUCCUGAAACAAGGGAAAGUAUCUUUCUUUUUCUUUGCUUUUUUCUAAGAAAUGGAAAGAUUUCCUUUUAUUCACCCACGUUUUUCAGCGUUUUCGACUUUAAUGCUGAAUGCUGUGUGUCUGUUACAAACAAAUGAAAUGACUGCUUAUUCAUUCCAUUGAACAUACAGUAUUAAGACCCCUGACAGGUUGCAAAUCAUCAGUUUCUUUCCUCAAAAAAAGGGACUUUUCAGAAAACGCCAAACACUUAGGGUGGUCUCAUAAGUUACGUUCAGAUUUCCUCUUGGAGCCUUUUUUUCCCCUCAAAGAAAGAACUGGAAGAGUCAAGACUUGUUUCCCUGACUGGCCGACUGACUGACUGCUCACGUUUUCCCUAGGAGUGAGACCGUGUGCUUUAUAUUUGUACAUCUAUGUAUUCUGUGAUUUCUGUAUUGAUGUAAGCGCAAAAAAGGAAGAAAUGAAAGGUCAUUGCUGAUCCCAACAUCACAAUAAACAGUCAAAUGUUGCAUUUGUUAUAACUUAUUCCAACUUAUUCUUUAAAGCUUCACCAUAGCUGGGUCACAGUCAAAUACUGUAAAAACAGCUGUACCGAUAUCUUCAAGAUUUACACUUAAAAAUCACUCUUUCCAUAUGUAAAAUACCUCUCUCUGCAACUAUUUUGUAAAAUACAUGUAGUAAAUAAGGAUUAGGUUUGACUCUUUGUAUUCUUCCUUUGCCGAACAAUUCGUUCCUGCCCCAAAGAUGACAGAUUGCACAAGACGAUUGUGUGAUAUGAUUUGUGUCCUUGUAUAUUCUUGAAAAUGGUACGUGUCUUUCCCGUUUGUAAGUUACAUUUGACAUCAAUUAAAUGACUGUAAAUCUGAA